AUGGUCAAGACUCAACUUCUUCUCAGUGCCGCCCUUUUGGCCAGUGUCAAUGCCUUUUCGGCACACCAAAUGCCAACCAACGAUGUUGUUGCCGCUACUAGUACUAGUACUACUGCUACUACUACUACCGCUGGACGUCGUGACUUUCUAAAGUCCGCCUCUGUCGCUGCUGCUGUCGUCUUGGCAACUCCCACCAUGGCAUCUGCCGUCGUGGAGGUUCCCGAACAAGUCACCUCUUUUGAGUAUCCUAAGAACUGGGGAUUGACGUACAAGUACGACGAAGAUGCCGAAAAGGUCCGCGCCCACAUGUACACUGCCACCACUUUGGCCAAGGGAGCGGAAAACAUGGAGGAUUUCGGAAAGAACAUGAAGAAGGAAAUGGUUGACUUUGUUUCCUACUACCGUCGUUUCCCACAAAUUGCAGGAAAGCCCUCUUUCUCUACAUUGUACACAUCCAUCAACGUUUUGGCUGGACACUACACUUCGUAUGGUUACAAGUACCCUCUUCCCGAGAAGCGCCGAAAGCGUUUGUACCAAGAGUACGCCGAAAUCUCCAAGUCGCUCAAGCGUGGACGUUAA